AUGGAGAAGCUGAAAUCUCUGGUUCCCAUCCAUCUGAAGCAGACAAUCUCCAGUGCAACUCCGGACGAUCUCCCUCGCACGUGCUCCUCACUCCUCAAUUUCUUCCAAGCACACCCCACUAUUGUCGGAGAAGUAACGGACCAAGAGAUGGGGCUGCGUCGUAAGAACGCAGUGUAUGCUUUGGAUUGGAAGCGGAAAGGGAAUGAAUGCUUUACGAGUGGCGAUUUCAUCCAUGCUUUGAGAUUCUACAGUCAGGUGAGUGGUUGCUUCGAUUAUGAGAGAAAAGCUCUCACCACCAUCCGGAAGUCUCUCAACGAUUCCUUCAAUCUUCUCUCUUCAUGGGAUGAUGAUGCCUCUGACUGCUGCAAAUGGAGAGGAAUUACCUGCCACAACAUAACUGGGUUUGUUCUUAAACUCGACCUCCAUUCUACUUACUACAGGCUAGGUGGCAGAAUUGAUCCAGCUCUGGUUCAACUGAAGCAUCUUCAGUUGUUGGACUUGAGUUAUAAUGCUUUUAAUGGCGCACCAAUUCCAGAUUUCCUGGGUUCAAUGAAGGAGUUGAGGCAUUUGAACUUGUCAGAUGCAGGGUUCAGUGGGAGAAUCCCUCAUCAGCUUGGAAACCUCACUAAACUCAUUUCCCUGAAGCUUUCUUCACGUUCUUUGAGUGCCAAAAACCUUUGGUGGUUGGCAAGCCUGCGUUCUCUCAAGUACCUCGACAUGUCUUAUGUGAACCUUUCCAUGGCAAGCCAUGAUUGGGUGAACGUAAUGAACAUGUCUCCUUCCCUCGUUGAGUUGUACCUAUGGAAAUGUCGUCUUUCAUAUAUUUCUCCAACUCUUCCUUCUGUUAAUUUCACACAUCUCCGUGUCCUUGAUCUCCGUUUUAACGACUUCAACUCUACCAUUCCAAACUGGAUAGCUAAUAUUGGUAGCCUGGUGUCUUUAAGUCUCUCACUCAACAAGUUUCAUGGUCAGAUACCUUAUCAAAUUACACAACUUCAUAACUUGGAAGAGUUGUGGUUGGGAUCAACUGAUGAUAACCUGAGGGUUGAUUUGUCAGAGUUCCUUGAAGGCAGCUGGAGGAAGCUGAAGAUACUGUAUCUAUCUUUCAGUCAGCUGCAUGGAGGAAUCCCCAACUCUAUUGGGAAUAUUACCUCACUUGUGGAUCUUUAUUUAUCAUUUGGCGAGAAUAUAACAGGUAGCAUUCCAAGAGCCAUAACUAAGCUUAUCAAUUUAGAGUGCCUGUUUUUGUAUGGAUACAAAAUGCAUGCAGCAAUUCCUGAUUGGUUACAUGAGCUCAAAAAUCUUAAACGCCUUACUCUCAUUGAUUGCAUGCUGACAGGCCCAAUCCCUGCAGCUCGUCUUGGAGGAUUGUCUUCCUUAGAAGAACUAGAUCUCUCAUGGAAUCAGAAAGGUGUCUGA